AUGGCAACCAACGAUAAGAAGAACCCCACAGUUACCAUCGAGAAACGGAAAUCCGGAGACUCGCUCGCACCACCAACAAAGUCCCCUCGUGCAGCACGCUUUGCGGAAGCAACUUCAGUGUACUCGCCUAUCGACCCGCCACAACGACCACUCGAGUACCCUACGAACCACUACCAACCCCAGGCUCAGGUGUCUGACGUGGGCUUCGGCUACGUCCAACCCAUCGAGAUGGAGGAAACCGACAGGAAAUACCUUCCUCCCCCUACGCCAAAGACGCCACUGAGGAGCGCAUUGAAGUCGCCUGGUGCACCACCACGGACACCCGGCGCAGAGACGAUGAUUCUCAGCCCGACCUUCAGAGAAGAGCAGAUUCUCGAGAAGCGGGAACAGUCCACAGACAAGGAGCAACAAAAAGAUCUGGUACUACGAGUACGGGUGGCAAAGAUAUUCUUACGAGGCAUCAACUUUGCCUGCAGUCUUAUUGUUCUGUCUAUGCUUGCCACAGCCUUCUCCAUCUUCAACGCCACAAAGCACCUGCCUAUGCGGAACGGUCUCCCACCAUGGGCUGAGAACCAAAAGAUCUGGCCCCAGGUCUUGCUUCUUUGCAUCGCUUGUGUCUCGCUGUUCUUCUCAAUCUUCGUUCUGGUUGCGUACUCAAGAGGCGGACAUAACAGAGCAGAGAAAGUCGCCGCCUACUACACCGUCUUCGCCGUUGGAUUCUUCAUCUUCAGCAUCAUUAUGUGGGCUGUCGGUGCCGCUGCCUUCAACCAAAGUAAAGCACAAGGAGGCAACAAAGAUAUGUGGGGAUGGUCGUGCGUAGACAACAAGCGACGGCAUUUGUUCGAAGACGAUGUGUCUUAUGCGCUCAUGUGCCGACUCCAGAACUGGUCCCUUGUCUGCUGCAUCAUCGAAGUCGUCGUCGAGACGCUCUGCAUCAUCAUCUACGCAAUCGUCUUCUACCGCUUCUGGUCCAAGCGCAAGCUCCGAAAGUCCAUGGCUAUGCGCGACAAGGCCCGUUCCGACCUCUACCUCGCCCAGCUCCGCUCCCAAUCAGCACCCAACACUCCCGGCUUUGGCCCUCUCUCCCCCCGCUCCGGUGGCUGGCGACCACCCCCAGGCCACCCUCAGUACUACGACCCGCAGUCUGCCGCUGAGAACGGUGACGCCGACAAGGUGCAGUACGCCUACGCCCGCGAGAUCGCCCAGCCGCAGCCCUUCACGCUAGGAGCACCCCCGAUCAAGGUCACAGGAGCUACUCCUCACAUCGAGCAGAACGGCUUCGAUGCACCCGCAAGGACGCAGACGUCUUCACCACCGGCCUCCCCCGGCUUCCAGGAGCGGCAAAACGACCACGUCGGCGCCGUACCGGGCGAGCAGCAAUACGCCUCGGUCCCCAUCCCAGGCGCCUACCAGCCGCUCGCGAGCCCGUCGCACCCGCAGCAGGCCACGCCAGGCUUCGACUUCGGGCCCAACGUGACAGGUCCCAGAUAA